UCUGGGGGAGGGGGAGGGUCUUGGACAUACAGGUCGUUGGCUCGGAUGAGUCGAAGGGUCUGGCUGCAGCGGCCACAGGUGGGACAUCUGGACUUGGGCCAGCCGGUCUCUCUGCACACACACAUUUGCCAGGUUGGUGUCCUGUUAGCCCACCCAGCUGACCCGUCCUUGUCCUCGCCGCUCUCUCCUCGGCCACAAGAAUGAGACAAUCCUCCCGUCUGGACGUGGCACCUGCACUGUCGCUGUGUGACAAUGGUCUGUCCCAAAUCCUGGCCAUGGUGGUGGAGGAGGUCCGUCAGUCGGUCAACCGUGACAUAAACGGGGCAGCCCUGCUCUACAGCCUGCUCAAUGCCCCCUGGCUUCGGUCCUUGCUCAAGGUCUACGAGUGUCUGCAGCUGCACCUGACAACGAGACCUCCGGCUGUCCUGAAUGCUGCCCUGCCGCUCACACGGGAGGUGGUUAUGGACCUGAGGCUGGUGCCCACAUCGCCCGACGUCCGAGAGCUUCAGAGGCUGCUGAUGAGUCCACACCUGCAGGCGCUGCUUUCAGCCCACGACAUGGUGGCACAGAAAGACUAUGAGCCCGUCCUGCCACCCUUACCGGGCAACCUGCCAGAGGACGAGGAGGCCAUGAGGAUUGUGUGUCUUGUGAAGAACAAGCAGCCUCUGGGUGCUACAAUCAAGAGAAACGAGGUGACAGGGGAUAUCGUGGUUGCCCGGAUCAUCCAUGGGGGUCUGGCAGAUCGGAGCGGGCUGCUACACGCUGGAGACACACUGGUGGAAGUGAAUGGCAUCGGCGUGGAUGGCUUGGACCCCGAGGAGGUCAUCCAGAUCCUGGCCCAGUCUCAGGGAACCAUAGUCUUCAAGCUCAUCCCCAUCUCUGACUGCCCGGUUUCCAGUCAGACUAUGCUAUACGUGCGGGCCAUGGCCAGCUACUGCCCCCAGCAGGACCCUGCUAUCCCCUGUGCCGACGCUGGAGUGCCCUUCCGUAAAGGGGACAUUCUGGAGGUGGUGGACCAGACGGACAUGUUAUGGUGGCAGGCCAGGAAGUUGUCGGACCACUCGACUUGCGCGGGCCUCAUCCCAUCCAGCAACCUUCUGCGCAGAAAGCAGCGCGAGUUCUGGUGGUCUCAGCCGUUACAGCCGCACACGUGCAUGAAAAGCAGCAGCCUCAGCCCAGUGGAAGAAGAAGAUGACACCCUGCCCAUCGAUGAGAGAUGCGUAGAGACAGCAGAUGAAGAAGCCUUUGAAUCCGGUAAAGGAGCUCCAAGAAGGUGUGUGCCCCUCUGCUUGCUUGUGUGCCCCUCUGCUCGCACGUCUGCAUUGUCUUAUGUUGCCAUCUCAUCCUCUCUUUGUGCUGCAGAAGAUGACGAGUUUAACGGAUUCAAUCGCGGAGUCUACAUCGCUGGAUUCCACCGGAGCUUCCGUCUCUGCCGCAGGAAAUCCCAGAGCAACCACCAGCCCUGCUACGUCCGCUGCCCGGCCAGCUGCUACAGUGCCAUGGCAUCACCGUAUGAGGAGGUGGUCCGGUACCAGCGGCACCCCGAAGACCGAUAUCGGCUCAUUGUGCUCAUGGGGCCGUCCGGCGUGGGUGUGAACGAGCUGCGGAGACGGCUCAUCGAAAUCAACCCCCAAAUGUUCCAGGGCCCCGUUCCACAUACAACUCGCCCGCCUAAGAGUUACGAAGAGGUGGGAAGGGAGUACCACUUUGUGCCCAGGGAGACGUUUGAGCAGAUGGUCUACAAUCACAGGUUCCUCGAGUUUGGCCAAUACAAAGGUAACUGGUAUGGGACCAGCGUGGAGGCGGUGAAGGUGGUCCUGGACAGCAGGAAGAUCUGCGUCAUUGACCUGGAGCCGCAGGUGAUCCAAGGCAUGCGGACCCACGAGCUCAAGCCCUACAUCAUCUUCAUCAAGCCCCCCAGCAUCAGCCAAAUGAGGCAGACGAGGAGGAGUGCCCGAAUCGUCACAGAGUAUUACACCCACCGGCCCUUCAAGGAGGAAGACCUGCAGGAGAUGGAGGAAGCGGCCAGGUGGACAGAGAGCCAGUACUGCCAGUUCUUUGACCACGUCAUUGUCAACGAGACCCUGCAGGAUGCCUGCGUGCACCUCCUCACUGCUGUCCGCCGGGCACAGGAUGAGCCGCAGUGGGUGCCCGCCUCAUGGCUACGGCCUGAGUCUCAGUCGUGACUCGUCCCACCCCUGGCGUCCCCUCUGACUGUCUGGUAGACAAUAAAGGAAAGAGCAGAGUGA